GGAAAAUUACACAAAGUAGAUAAGUUUAAAAAGUGAAAUAGGCCAUUUGAUCCGGCCGUGGACGGUCAAUUUGUGGCUAAAGGAAAAAAGAUGAACGUUUUGGGAGAGUUCAGGGAAGUUUCGUCACAACUAUCCUUGAUGGUAUAAAAAACAUAGCCUGAAUGCUCCGCCUUCACGCCGAACUCGUUGAAUUUCCAACACACGCGAGCUGCCCCCCGCGCAUCUCUUCUUCCCCACAACGGUAGAUAGAGAGACAAAAAGGCUUCCUUUCCCAAUCCAACAACGGGUUUUUCCAUCUGAUUUGUGGCAGCCAUGGGCCAUCACGUCAUGUCGCGUAUCGGCCUGGUGUUGAUGGUGAUGGCGGCGUGGGUCAUGGUAUCGGCUCAGAAUCUUGGAUGUGAUUCACCGAUUUACUGUCCUGGACCAUUGUUGGAUGCUGUUCAACGGGCCAAAAUCUACAAGGAUUCCAAAACGUUUGUCGAUAAACCCACCACCAAGCCGCUUUCGCAGGUUCUCUCAGCUUUUAAUGCCUUGGGUCCUAACCCGUCCGCCGCAGCCAUCAAAACCUUUGUCGACCAAAACUUUGGACCUGAAGGAACGGAAACGGAACCUGUUGUUCCGCGCGACUGGAAGCCUUCGCCUGCCUUUCUUUCGUCUAUCAAGGAUGGCAAUCUACGUGAAUGGGGGCAGAUUGUUCAUUCCAUUUGGAAAAACUUGACUAGAGAUUUUAAGACGGAGACAGCAAACUGUACAGAAUGUGUUUCGAGUCUGCUGCCGGCCAAGCAUACGUUUGUGGUACCCGGCGGCCGGUUUAGAGAGUUUUAUUAUUGGGAUUCGUACUUUGUAAUGGAAGGCCUCAUUCUCAGCGAAAUGUUUGAAACAAGCCAAGAUAUUAUUGAAAACCAGAUGGACUUUAUCGACAAGUACGGAUUUGUUCCAAAUGGUGCGCGGAUAUACUACCUCAACCGAUCGCAACCACCCAUGCUAACUCAAAUGGUCGAUUUGUACAUUACUGCAACAAAAAAUACCUCUUCCCUGGCUCGGUGGUUACCAUUACUUGAUAAGGAAUAUCAAUUUUGGCAGAAAAACCGAACUGUCACAGUCAAAGGCCAGGAUGGAAAAGACUACCUCUUGAAUCGCUUUGAUGUUACCAACCAACAGCCGCGCCCAGAAUCUUGGAAUGAAGACUUGAUUACAGUAGAGGGAGGUAAUAUUACUGGAGAUGCCGCCAAAGCUCUGUACGCAGACCUCGCUACGGCUGCAGAGUCGGGGUGGGACUUUUCGUCUAGAUGGGAGAACAACCCGACAAACAACAGCGAUGCACAAGGCAACCUUCGUCGUCUCGUCACCCGCCAGAUCAUUCCAGUUGAUCUCAACAGUCUCCUUUACGCUAAUGAGCAAUCCUUGCAGAAACUGCAUACCAUGGCAGGGAACCGUGACCAAGCCAUGUUGUACAAGCGAGAGUCUACGAAAAGACGCUUGGGAAUGUGGGAGGUAUUUUGGGAUGAUAGAGAAGGGAAUUUUAUGGAUUUUAAUUUGACGAGUGGGAAGAGAAGUAUUGUUCAGACUCCUGCUGGAUACUGGCCACUGUGGUCAGGAGUAGCCUUGGAAGAUCCUCGUGGAAAACCCACGGACAGGUGUACCGAUCUCAUGAGACCUUUUUCGGACCUUGACUCCGUUCUUAAACGGUUCCCAGGCGGUAUUCCAACCACGUUUUUUAACACUGGGCUUCAAUGGGAUCUUCCCAACUCUUGGCCUCCGCUCGCUUUUAUAACCAUGCGCGCCCUCCAACGCACCAUUACAGCCCUUCCCAGUCAAAACUGCACAACAAACUCUGUCAACAGUCUCAAGACAACUCUUCAAUCCGCUGCCCAACAGUAUAUUACCUCCGCAUUCUGCUCCUGGCGCGAGACGGGUGGAAGACUCGCGAACCUCCCUCCAACAAACACAACAGCAAAGGACGAUGGAAACAUGUUUGAAAAGUUUGAUGCUACCAAGGUGGGCGGUGCUGGCUCAGGUGGAGAGUAUGAGGUUCAAGAUGGGUUUGGGUGGACGAAUGGAGUGGCUAUUUGGACCCUAAAGGAAUUUGGAGACGUUUUGAAAGCGGAAUCGUGUACGGUUGGGCAGAAGCAGGGGCAAACGGACAAUAAACAGACGUCUGCUGGAAGGCGGAGGGUGGGUGUCCCGAGAUGGGCUGUGGUACUAAAGGGUCUGAUGCAAACAGUUGGGCUGUGAGUACGUUUGUCGAAACUAUAGUUAGUCGUAGUAUUUGUCCCGUUGUCAUCCUUGGGACGCUGGAACGUUCGAGGGUUGAACCUCGUAGUUUGUUAUGUAAUUCUUGGUGGACAGAAUUGUAUCCUCAUCGUUCGCAAACAUUAGUGGACAGAAUAGUAUCCUCAUCGUUCGCAAACAUU